AUGGAACAGACGUCGCGAAAGAAGCCGCGGGGCCGAGAGGGCUCGGCGCCCACGCCGAAUUCCGCGUCUGGAUCCGGCGCGCCGGACUCGGCAGCCUCUUCGGAGCCGCGGGGCGCGCAGCUUUGGCUCUUCCCCAGCCCAGCGGGCCUCCGCCGCGCGUUGUCCCAGAGGUCCGAGGAGACGCGGCAGAUCUGCUAUAAGCGAGGGCGCCUGGCGGUGCUGGCGCGCGGCGGGACCAGCGUAGAGGUUCACCACCUGCCGGCGGAGAGCGAUGGCACCGGGAAGCCCAAGUAUAUUAAAUUAGAAAGAAAAAUGAAGAUACAUUCUGUGGACCAAGGAGCAGAACACAUGCUGAUUCUAUCCUCAGAUGGAAAACCAUUUGUAUACAACUAUAGUACAGAACAUGCAAGGUUUCAAUGUGUCUUACAAGAAAAUAUUAUAAUUCAAAUUGCAUGUGGAGAUCAUCAUUCUCUUGCACUCUCCAAAGGUGGUGAGCUUUUUGCCUGGGGCCAGAAUUUACACGGCCAACUCGGAGUUGGAAGAAUAGUUGGCUCAACUUCCACACCACAGAUAGUGGCCCAUCUCACAGGAGUCCCCUUGGUUCAGAUAGCAGCAGGAGAAGCCCACAGCAUGGCCUUAUCCAUGUCCGGAAGUGUUUAUUCCUGGGGGAAGAAUGAUUUGGGACAACUAGGCCUGGGUCACACUGACAAUACAGAUUUUCCUUCUCUUAUUGAAGAACUGGACAACCAGGAAGUUGAAUUUCUCACUUGUGGUGGCUCUCACACUGCUCUGCUCACACAGGAUGGGCUGGUGUUUACUUUUGGUGCUGGAAACUGUGGGCAACUUGGUCACAAUUCAACACAGAAUGAACCAAGACCCCGUUUGGUGACUGAGCUUGUUGGAAAUAGAGUGACCCAGAUAGCAUGUGGAAGGUAUCACACACUUGCCUAUGUUUCUGAUUUGGGAAAGGUCUUUUCUUUUGGUUCUGGAAAAAAAGGACAACUGGGAAACGGUGGAAGACAUAAUCAGCUAAUACCACUUCCAAUGAAAUUGCCAUCAAAAGAAGAACUCAGAUUUGAAAACCACACCUCAGAGAAGGAGUUAAUAAUGAUUGCUGGAGAAAAUCAAAGCAUUUUGCUCUGGACGGAAAAAAAGGUAAAAAUACAUCUCUGGAUGCUCUGUGAGACAGCUAGGUUGCACAAAUGGGAAAUCACAGAGAUAUUUUCAUCUCCUGCUUGUUUAACUGGAAGUUUUUCAAAGAAAAGAAUAGCUGCAGAGACGAUGUCUAUUCAUUUAGAUUUAAAUAAAGCAAGAAACACCUUUAAGGAGUUAACCCAGAAGGACUGGAUUACUAACACGAUCACCACAUGUCUUAGGGAUAAUCUGCUCAAAAAUCUUCCACUGGGUUCUCCAUACCAAGAAGCUUUAGAAAUUUUCUUCCUGCUCCCAGAAUGUCCUGUGAUGCAAGAUUCUAACAACUGGAAGAGCUUGGUGGUUCCAUUUGCAGAAGCUGUCUGUAAAAUCAGUGACCAGUUUUCAGGGGUUCUGGAGAACUAUUGGGCAUCUUUGGAAGAAUCCAUUUUUGGCAACCUGGUCCAGAUGCUUAAAAGAACCAUUGUCUCUCAACUUUCUAUUCGGACUGAAAGUGCAAAGGAUUACCGUCAUAUUCAAGCUGUCCUAGAAAUGUUAAAAAAGCUGCACAGGGUAAACCAGGCUAACAAUCUGCUUCCUGAAAAUACUUUCAACAUAAAUGAACUCUCGCGUUUGCUCAAUUUCCGUGAAGAGGCAUAUAAAAGGUCCUUUUGGAGAAUUAUCUCGGAACCUUCAGUAGACGUUUCAUGUUAUGUUAUAUUCAGUCAUUUUCCAUUUAUCUUUAGUUUUCUGUCGAAAAUUAAACUGUUACAUGCUGACUCAGAGUUACAAAUAGAGGUGAGAAAUAAAGCUUUUUUAAGGUGGCUAGCACAAGAAGGGCCACCUUUGUUGCCUACCAUUAAUCUAGCAGUCAGAAGGAGUCACUUGGUUGAGGAUGUUUUUAAUCAGCUAAAUCCAUUUGAGAAUGAAGACUUGAGGAAGGAGUUAUUGGUUUCAUUUAGUGGAGAAAUUGGCUACAACACUGGAGGAAUCAGGUCAGAAUUCUUCCACUGUAUAUUUAAAGAGAUGACUCGGCCAGAAUAUGGGAUGUUUAUGUAUCCUGAAGAGGCUUCCUAUAUGUGGUUUCCUGUCAGGCCUAAAUUCAAGAAGAAGAGGUAUUUCUUCUUUGGGGUGCUAUGUGGACUCUCCUUAUUCAAUUUCAGUGUUGCCAACAUUCCUUUUCCUCCAGUACUGUUUAAGAAACUUCUGGACCAAACACCAUCAUUGGAAGACUUGAAAGAACUCAGUCCUGUUUUGGGAAAGUGUUUGCAGAUACUUCUAGAUGAUGAAGGUGAUGACAUUGGAGAAGUAUUUUAUAUCCAUUUUAAUAUCUGUUGGGACAAAAAUGAUGUAGAAUUAAUUCCAAAUGGAAGUUGCAUAAUGGUUGACCAGACUAACAAAAUAGUAUUGAGAGUGUUUCUUACAGGAACUGACAGACUACAAUUUAAAGAGUUAAAGAAUAUGAAAAUAACGUUUUGCUGCCCUGAAAAUUGGAAUGAAAAAGAUCCCAUAAGAGUACAGACAUGUGUUAGUGUCCUCUUUCUCCCUAAAUAUUCAACAAUGGAAAGAGUGGAAGAAGCACUUCAAGUAGCCGUCAACAAUGACAGAGGAUUUGGCUGA